GAUUAGAUACGCAGCAAGUUCCAUGAUCCAUGACUGUAGGGUAGACACAACUUUUUUAGGGUUUUUAUAGUUUAUUAUUAGUUAAUGAAGUCAUUAUUGGAAAACUAGAAAAGUUGCAUGGUUAGUCUAUGGUGUAACUCACCCGUCGGCUGUCUGAAAUGAUUAAAAAAAAGUAGUUAGGAAAAAAUGGCGGCCAAGUCAAAGAACAGACUCGUCAAAACUCAAAAUAAAUUAUUGGAAUAUGAUAAAAUGCAGCUGAGAGAUGUUAUCUGCUCUAUUUGUCAGUCCAUUCUCCUAGAACCUGUGACAUUACCAUGCCUUCAUAACUUUUGCCAGAGCUGCUUUAAAAGUAGUAUAGAAAACAAUGCUUUGUGUUGUCCCCUAUGUCGGUUGCGAAUAGGUUCAUGGCUAAGAACCACAACAAAACAAAAUAAACUAGUUAACAUUAAGCUCUGGGACGUUAUUAAAACCAAAUUUGCGAAUGAAGUGAAUAUUAAACUACAAGGUGAAGAUUUAAACCUAAGUCAAGAACAAGCCGCAGUAUGUCUGAGUGCACCUGGUGAAAUAAGAGCAGAGUAUGAAGCAGAACUUAAGAGACUACAAGCCGAGCGCUUACAGCAGGAGCAGAAACAACUAGAAAAAACUACAAUUCUAAUAAAGAAAAUCCAGGAAGAAGAGGAUGAAACACAUAAGAAGUAUCUAGGAAUUCUUAAACAAGAUGAAAUAUUGGCCAAAAAGGUACAAGAAGAAAAUAAUAAAGAACAUAGUAAAAGAGUAGUUCCUAAUUAUAGACACCGUCAUACAUUGGCUCCUGCUAAACCCAGGUUAAAAACUGCAAAGAUAGAAGCUUUUUUAACAAAGACAUCUACAAGUUACAAAGUUAAUCCACUAUUAAUUGAUGACAGCACUAAUAGCAGCAAUGGUUCAGAUUUCUCACCUGUUAAAAACGAAACUCGGGGAUCUCCUGAAAUUGUGCCCAGUUAUGGCAAAUUUCUCAAAAACAUCCUAGAUAAGAAAAUUAGAAAUAUUUCUGGAGUUUGGAAUAAAGAGAAUGGAGACAAUAGUAAAACGAAGAAAACCGACGAACUACCUCACGCUAAUAACUCGUUUUCUCCUGAUGAAAAAGAUUCAGAUAAAACACUGAAUGCAACACAAUCUUUGCCCGUAUCCUUGCCGUACACUGGGAUACUACAACAUAAAAUGAAUACGGUGGACAAACGUAGUGCAGCGAGCGGCAGCGUUGACUCCAUGAGGCAAGAACUCUGUUACUUUAAGCCGGUACAAGGAACGACAGCGACAAGUUACAAUGCAAAGAGAGGGUUUCCGCUUCGUGUGCCAGUUGUUCGCUUGGAGAAACCGGAGGCCGCCCUCGUGUACAAGGAAGCCCCCACUCAAAUGCAAUAUGUCGAAGGAUUGUGUCUUCUGCGCAACCACUCUUUGGAGCAUAACUUGCCCUCGGCAUUUGUCAUAGCACUCACUAAGGGUCUUAAAUCUCAGUCUGACACAAAGGCAAAUCUAAGCACGAAAGGAAAUAGCGUUGCUAAAGCAGUGACCGGGAAAAAUAUAUCUUCAAAAAGUAAAAACUGCAUUCAACUCGAUGGCAUUGACAAACUGAAUAAAGAAACAAGUUUGCGACGCACAAGGUCUACGGGAAGUCUUUCGAAAGCUGAAAAUGAAACGACACCUAAAAAGACCAAAGCGAAGGCCAGACAAGUGGUUUCUGAAAGAAAACCUUACUUGCGAAGCGAAUCUAAGAAAAAUAGUGCUAAGAAAGAAAUAAAUGGCCCACCAUUCAAUUCAGACUCUGUAAAUAACAAUAAAGUUAAUUUAGCUGUAAAGAAUUUGUCUAGUCCAUUGCAGCAUUGCGAUGUAAAAAAAAUAUUUGAAGAACAACUCAGGAUUGUGAAACAGAUGGAGCAGGAGAAGAAGGAUUUAGAGUUGGCUCGCAAGAUGGACUUGGAGCUGAACCGGCGACUACUGCGCCGCGCGCCCGCCGCCGACAAGCGCGCGCUGCCGCCGCAGUACGCGCUGCGCCCGCCCAAGAAGCUCAAGGUCUAAUCUUCCAUCACAAUCUCAUCUAUUACCUACAAUUCUUCUCGCUUAUUACGCAAACAUAACUAAAUGCUUCCUUGGUUUUUAUUUUUCUUUAGUUUUUAUUUAUCUUAUACAGUUGACCCGAGAUAAUCGUCAGAUUUUACCUAGAGACUAUGUGAAUGCGUGUAGUAUAAAUAAUUUACUACAUACAACUUUUCGAGGAUUGCAUUUUUUAGAAAUUAGUUACUCGUAGAUACCAAAAAAACAUCUAUGUAUACCGAUUAUAACUUAGAAACUGAAGAAGACGAACUACGAUGUGUUGAUUAUUUACUUGUAAGUCGUGAAAAAUAGUUCUAUUCUUUGGUUUCAAUCUGUCGAUUAUCUCCAGAUCAGUGUGUUGACACAGUGCAGUGUGCUAUUUUUUCUGGUAUUAAAUUUUACUACAAAUAUUUUAUAUCUAGUCUGUUCCGUGAACUUUAUACGUGUACAAAUGAAAUCAAAUCUUACUUUUUUAUGUCUAAACUCAAACGGAGAAAAGGUCACUAAGUCAGUCUCAAUCUACAGUCACCGGCAUAAAUAAGUGAUGAUUUCUGUACCUUGUCACAUUAACAUCUUGUUUGAAAUGUCGUACGAAGUUGUCAAAUGAUUAUAAGCGACAAGGUACAGAAAUCAUCACUUAUUUUUGACGGUGACUGUACAUAUACAGUUUAAUAGAAAUUACGAGUUUUUAAGUUAAUGCCGUCAACGUUUAUUUACGCUUAUUCAUAAAGUAGAUAAAUAAAUAUUAUAGAGGCUUGAAAGCCCCAAGAGGGCUUGUAUUAAUGAUAAAUUAUUUUAUAAGGGUCACUCCCUGCCUAAAAGCGUUGAGUUUCAAAAACCAUGCAAUACACCACCGUCAUAAGUAGUGUUACACCAAAGUUCACAGUACAGACUUCAGUCUCCUAUGCCUUUUUGCAGGCACAGUUUGAUUUCAUUGCAAUCCAGAUCCAAAAAGAAUUGUAAUUUCUUUUAUUUAAUUUGAUUCCCGUUUUUCAGAACAGUAUUUGUAAGGUACCUAUGUAAGUAUAUUAUAUGUCAAAAUAACAUACUGCAUAUAAUUUUCUACCGCUGCAGUAGCAGCGAAAAGAUAUAUUUUUCUAUUGGUUAUUAUUUUUAAGAGUUAUGUAACUGUUUAGAGCUGUGAAUCUUAGUUAAGUGUUAAUAAUUAUAGUAGCAUACAAUGAAAAGAUAAAAUGUAGAUGGUGAAGUGGGUAAAUGCCAACUAUUCAGUCACCUUUUUUCAUUGAACGUAUUUUUAAUAGUAAUUGCAGUUGUAAACUGGUCAGGGGAUUCUAUCAAACGUUGCCUAAAUGUACAUAUAUACGAAACGCGAUAUAAAUCCGAGUUUUAUACUGACAAGUAAUUUAAACGAGUAAACUUUUUUCGGGUUUGGUUACUCGUGAAUGCAGUUAUCGAAUAAUAAAGACGCCUAACGGGCAAGUCAGUGUGCCAGUAACUAGAUGUGGAGAUUGUUCCUAUUAAUAUGCAGAAAACCCUUUAAAUUUUAUAAACAUGACUGCGGACUAAAUAUGUAGCUACUGGUUAGAAACGAAAGUAGUCUCAAAUAUCAUCGUUUGUUGCAUUUCAUGUCUACACGUACAUUGCUUAUUAAUAGCCCGUGUAAUUACUAUAGGUAACAGAUUGUUACAAAUACAGGUACCUAGUCCACAAGGACAUAAUUAUCAAACAAAGCCUAGCGGCAGCCGUUGGGAAUAAUUUAACUCCUUGAUUUACAGAUCUAGUGCAAAAUGAUAUUUUUACGGAAACGCUCGAACUUGUGCAUGACAAUUACGAAUGGUUCCGAAAAAUACAAUUGAAAAUUAUUAUGCACUUCCUCUGUAAAACAGUAAAGCCUAUAUAAUAAUAGUGAACGCAGUACACACGUACAUCUAGAUAAUACAUAGCAGUGGCUUGCCUAUUGGUGAGUACGGCUUGCCGAAAGCUAAUUUGUCGUAGUUGUAGGAACGUAGCUAGUACUUCAAUUAACCAUGUACAGUCAACAUCAAUAGUAGCGGAUGAAAUAGAUAAAUCAGUACAGUUCGCGGUCAGCAAUUAUGUAAUAAGUUUAACUUUUAUUUCUACUUAUAGACACACAUCUAUUUUUGUUUAGCGGUUACAGUAUGGUUUGAAGUUGAAGCGUUAUUUGAUCCGCUACUUUUGAUGCUGACUACCUACUACGAACUAUAUUAACUGCGUAGGCACUCAUCCUACUUAAGACUCAAUAAAGCUAGGGAGUCGAGACGAGCUCAUCAUAGCGCGUUGAAAGCAUAACACUACUAGAACUACUUAAAUGCUAUUUCACAAUCAUUAUUAGAUAACCACCAAUCCAAUGUGUUGUAAACGGCCGUCAGAAUUAGCUCUCAUGUGACUGACUUGUCUCAGAGUUUUAGGUAUCAACACAAGUCGGAUCUGUAUUGAAUUGACGCAUAAUGAUAUACCAUUUAUCUUACCAUGCAUUUCUUGAGUAAUACUAAUUUGAACUGAUUUCGUACCUUCACAAGUAACGAUUUCAACUCAAUUGCUAAUGUAUUAACACAUACAGAAAUCAUACAAACAAAUUGAUAGACAUAUUUUAUAAUUGCUAAAUCCCACCAUUUUUUUUUUUUCAUAUAAAAUGGCGCUAAUACUAAACCUCGAAGCUCGCACCGUCAAAAAUUGUCAAAUCGUUUGUAGAGCCGACCUACUCUACAACUUCUAUACUCACAAACUGCGUCUUACUAAAAGAUGUGGCUUGGCUGUUUAUGAACGAUUUCGGUAUUUUAUUAAUAUGAAUAAACAUACGUCAUUGAUUUGGUUAAUCUUUAUUUGAUUCUAAAUACGCAAUAGAAUAUUGGACUAUUUCAAUAACUAAUACCAAAUUUAAUGAUCCCCUAUUUGUUGCUUCUAUUUCUGCCUUAUGCAAAAUAUUGAACAUUAUAUUAUUAUUAUAAAUGUCUUUUCUGACAAUCACCCCUUCGGAGAGCUUUAUGUCACACACCCAUUAAAGCAGUGAAUGUGAAAGGCAUACUGAGUACCCACAACACAAGCCUUCUUGAGCUUACCGUGGGCCUCAGUCAAUCUGUGUAAGAAUGUCCUAUAAUAGUUAUUUAUUUAUUGAUUUAUACUAUUGUCUCAGAUCUGUAAGUU